AUGAGUGAGCAGGAGAGGGAGACAGAUGAGGAUGAGGGAGGGUGUGCCUCUGACACAGCACCCAUGCUUCCCCAGAGGCCCCCCGACCACCAGGCCUCAGCCCUGACAUCCCCAGGGUGGGUGGGCCUGGCCAUCCGGGGCCUGGGGACCCUACUGCUGCCCGGCUGGGCCCUGGCUGGACUCCUGCUCCACCUGCUGCUGCCCGCGAUGGUGUUUCUGCUGGUGCUGCUGCCCGCAGCCGCCGUUGUCUACCUGGGCUUCCUGUGCCACUCCAGGGUCCACCCGGCGCCACGACCCCCGUGCCGCGCGCUGCUGUCGGACGGUGGCUCCGCGACGCUCAUCGUGUUCGGCUUCCUUUCACUGCCGCCGCUGCUCGUGCUAGCCUCGGCCGCCCGCGCCCGCCUUGCCCGGCGCCUCCGCCCGCUGCUGCUGCCCCCCUCUUGGGCCUCCAGUCCCCGCCGCCGCCCGAGGUCCAGCGGCGGGGAGCUGUCGGGCCGCGACCUGGACGGGGAGGAUCAGUUUUGCACCUGGAUGUGA